AUGAACCCUCUCCGAUCCCGUGCAGCCCUCCCCCGCCCCGCCAGGCUCGCCCAGAACCUCGCUCCCCGCAUCUCCAAGCGAUCCUUCGCCUCCAAGGACGUCGUCUUUGGCAACGAUGCCAGGCAGGGUAUGCUCAGGGGUGUCGACACCCUUGCCAAGGCUGUCAGCGCCACUCUUGGUCCCAAGGGUAGGACCGUGAUUAUUGGCCAGAGCUUUGGUGGCCCCAAGAUCACCAAGGACGGUGUCUCCGUGGCCAAGGCCAUCACUCUCAAGGACCCCGUUGAGAACCUCGGCGCUCGUCUUGUCCAAGACGUUGCUUCCAAGACCAACGACACUGCCGGUGACGGUACCACCACCGCCACCGUCCUUGCCCGUGCCAUCUACGCCGAGGGUGUCAAGAACGUCGCUGCCGGCUGUAACCCCAUGGACCUCCGACGAGGUGCCCAGAAGGCCGUCGACAAGGUCCUCGAGGUCCUUGCUUCCAACAAGAAGGUCAUCACCACCAGCGAGGAGAUUGCCCAGGUGGCUACCAUCUCUGCCAACGGUGACACUCACGUUGGAUCCAUCAUUGCCCAGGCCAUGGAGAAGGUUGGCAAGGAGGGUGUCAUCACCGUCAAGGAGGGCCGAACCAUUGACGACGAGAUCGAGAUCACUGAGGGUAUGCGAUUCGACCGAGGUUUCAUCUCUCCCUACCUCAUCACCGACGCCAAGAACCAGCGUGUCGAGCUUGAGAAGCCCUUCAUCCUUCUUUCCGAGAAGAAGAUCUCUGCUUUGCAAGACAUUCUCCCCUCCCUCGAGAUCGCCGCCUCUACUCGCCGACCUUUGUUGAUCAUCGCCGAGGACAUUGACGGUGAGGCGUUGGCUGCCAUCAUCCUCAACAAGCUCCGUGGUCAGCUCAGCGUUGCUGCCGUCAAGGCUCCUGGCUUCGGUGACAACCGAAAGUCUAUUCUCGGUGACAUUGCCAUCCUCACUGGUGGUACCGUCUUCUCCGAGGAGCUCGACGUCAAGCUCGAGAAGGCCACUCCCGACCUUUUCGGUAGCACUGGUUCCGUCACCAUCACCAAGGAGGACACCAUCGUUCUCAACGGUGACGGCGACAAGAACCUCAUCCAGGCCCGAUGCGAGCAGCUUCGAGGCUUGAUCAACGACGCCACCACCUCCGACUACGACAGGACCAAGCUCCAGGAGCGAUUGGCCAAGCUCGGUGGCGGUGUCGCCGUCAUCAAGGUCGGUGGUUCUUCCGAGGUUGAGGUCGGAGAGAAGAAGGACAGGUACGAUGAUGCUCUGAACGCUACCCGUGCUGCAGUAGAGGAGGGUAUCGUCCCCGGUGGUGGUACCGCCCUCCUUAAAGCCUCUGCUACCCUCGAGGACAUUGCCGUGGACAACUUUGACCAGAAGCUCGGUGUCGCCAUGAUCCGACAGGCCAUUCGCCGACCCGUCCGAACCAUCGUCGAGAACGCUGGUGAGGAGGGUUCCGUCGUCGUCGGCAAGCUUCUUUCUGAAGAGUUUGUCUCUGCCGACAAGUUCAACUGGGGUUACGACGCCCAGACCAGCCAGUACAGGGACAUGAUCGCCGCCGGUAUUCUUGACCCUUUGAAGGUUGUCAGGACCGCUUUGAUCGACGCUUCUGGUGUUGCUAGCUUGUUGACCACCUCCGAGGCUUGUGUCGUUGACGCCGAGGAGAAGGCGCCUCCUGCUGGUAUGGGCGGUAUGGGUGGCAUGGGCGGCAUGGGUGGUAUGCCCGGUAUGAUGUAA